AUGCGGAAUGCCGCAGGUGAUGUAGAUCGCAACAGCAGCGGCGGACUGCAGGUCAUCGCGGGGUCGUACGAGCGCUUUCUCUUCGGCUUCCGCCUCCACCUCCCCACCUACCCGUACGCCGCGCCCCGCCUUUCGCCCCAACCGCGGCUGUCCCUUGCGCCCUCCCUCACGCGCGCUUGCGCUCUCGUUUCUCGUCCCCCCGUCAGGCUGGGCGCAUCGCAACCAGCAGCGCGCGGCGGGGAGGGAGGGGAGAGGGGAGAAGGUAUGGGGGAGGAGAGGAAGCAGGAGGGGCAAGGCGAGGGGGCCGGGGAGGCGGCGUUGCGGCAGCAGUUCUGCUACGGGGGGCACACGGGGCCCAUCAAGUGCGUGGCGGCGGCGGGGGGGGUGGCGGUGAGCGGGGGGGCGGACGACAGCGUGCGCGUGUAUGACCUGCGCGCGCGCACCGACAUGGGCGCGCUGCUGCACCACUCCGCCGCUGUUUCGUGCCUCGCUGUGAGUGCCGCCGUCUCGUGCCUCGCUGUGAUUGUUAGCCGCAGCGCCCCUCCACUCGUGGCUGCCCUCUCGUUGCCUCCAAGCCUCCCCACUGUGUGCCGUCAUGCGUCCGUGCCGCCACGCCACCCGUCCCACCGCCUGCAGUUGCACGGCAGUGGGAGUCGCCCCACUCACCUGCUCGCAGGCAGUGAAGACCGCACCAUCAGCCUAUGGGAGGUCGCCACGUGGCGGCAUCUAUCAAGCCUCAAAGGUCACAAGGCGCCUGUGAAUGACAUCGCAGUGCAUCCAUCGGGGCGGGUGGCGCUGUCAGUGGCGAGGGACGCGGAGCUGCGCCUGUGGAACCUGCUGCAGGCGCGCUGCUCCUUCCGCACGCGCCUGCCCGCCCAGCCCCUCGCCCUCACCUACUCGCCCGGGGACGCUGCCUGCUACGCGCUGGCCCUCAGGGGCGGUGCCGUGGCCGUGCACUGCUCUGCUGAUGCCUCGCUCACCGCCACGCUGCCUCACCCCGCCUCCUGCCUCGCCCUCUCCUUCCUCUCCCCACACGCAGUGGUGACGGGCGGCGAGGAGAGGGCAGUGAAGGUGUGGGAUGUGCGCCAGCCACCGCUGCACCCCGCUGUGUGCGUGGCGGGCGCUCACAGCGCUCGCAUCCGCGGCGUGCUGGGGGCGCUGGCAGCUCGACAAGGGGGCGCAGGGGGGGUUGGGGGUGAGGGGAACGAGCUGGCUGCCGCAGCCAAGGCAGGUCUGACCGCUUGGCGCAGUGAGGGGGGAGGGGGUGGGGUUGGGGAGGACGGGGAGGGCGAGGAGGAAGGGGCAGACAGUGGGGAAGGUGAGGAAGGAGGUGGUAAGCAUGGCAAGGAUCAAGGGGGUGUGGGGAGGAAAAGGAUGAAGAGGGAGAACAAAGGCGGCAGUGGUGAUGCAGCAGCAGCAGCGCGAUGGAAUGAGUAUGUGAUUGUAUCAGCAGCAUCGGAUGGGUGCAUCCGCCUGUGGGACCUGCGCUCCCUCUCCUCGUCCACACACACACCUGCCACUGCACCCACCGCACCCACCGCACUCCCCCCUGGAUGCCUCUCCCAGGUGCUCACCAACGCGCGCCUCACAUGCCUUGCCCUCUCCGACCUCUCACCCCACUCCACAGCACCACUGCGUGCUGGCAAGAGGGCGGGUGGUGUGGAGGGUGGUGCAGAGGCGAGAAAGAGGAGCAAGCGUGGGAAGGCGUGA